CAUUUGUCUGCUUUCUGAGGGACAGGAUCCAGAAACAUGGCAAGCAUGAGCCAAACAUUCACUGGCUCUGGUUUAGCCAUCUUGAUGUUUCUUCACUUCAGCUCACCUCUCAAACUGGUCUGCUACUUCACCAACUGGGCUCAAUACAGGCCAGAGAGAGGGCGAUUCCUCCCUGAGAACAUUGAUCCCAACCUGUGCACUCAUCUCAUUUAUGCAUUUGCGGGAAUGAAUGAGAACAAGAUCACAACAGUGGAAUGGAAUGAUGAGAAAUUAUAUCAGGAUUUCAAUAAACUCAAACAGAAGAAUCCAGGACUGAAGACACUUUUAGCCAUUGGCGGAUGGAAUUUUGGUUCUCCAAAAUUCUCUGCCAUGGUGGCUACUCCUGACAAUCGCCAAACAUUUAUUCUGUCCGCGAUUUCAUUCCUGCGAAAGCAUGGUUUUGAUGGCCUAGACCUAGAUUGGGAAUAUCCUGCAGACAGAGGCAGCCCUGCAGAGGAUAAACAACGCUUCACUUCUUUGGUUCAGGAAAUGUUUAAAGAAUUCCAGGCAGAAGCCCAGCGGACAAGUAAGGGAAAACUACUGCUAACUGCUGCUGUGGCUGCUGGGAAGACAACCAGUGACAAAGCCUAUGAAAUUUCCAAGAUCGCAAAGAGUCUGGAUUUUAUUAACCUCAUGGCCUAUGAUUUUCAUGGAUCUUGGGAAACAGUUACGGGCCACGUCAGCCCCCUAUACCCUGACACUGAUGAUGCUGUACAAUAUUGGAAGAGCAAGGGUGCACCACCUGAAAAGAUUGUCCUUGGAAUGCCUCUCUAUGGACGAACCUUCACCCUUUCUUCCUCACAGGCUGGACCUAAUGCACCAGUCUCAGGGCCUGGAACACCUGGUAUUUUCACAAGAGAGGCUGGAUUCUUGGCUUAUUAUGAGGUCUGUACUUUUAUACAAGGUGCCACUACAAAAGUGAUUCCAGAGCAGAAAGUUCCAUAUUCUUUCAAAGGAAACCAAUGGGUAGGGUAUGAUGAUGUCGACAGCAUUAAAAAUAAGGUCAGAUAUUUGAAGCAGAAUAACCUGGCAGGUGGCAUGGUUUGGGCCAUGGAUCUGGAUGACUUUAGUGGCUUUUUUUGUAACCAAGGAGUAUACCCUCUUCUGCAAACUCUGAAGAAAGAACUGGGUUCCAAAGACCAAGCACCAGCUGAUGAACCUCCUACCCAAGAUGAAUUUCUGAAACCUGAACAAUCACAACCUGUUCCACCUACAGCAGAUACAUUUUGUCUUGGCAAAGCAGAUGGAAUCUAUGCUAACUUACAGGAUCCUACAAAAUUCUACCACUGUGCUCACAGCCAUACAGUCAUCAAGGCUUGUCCAUUAACACUAAUUUUUAAUGAUAAAUGCAAAUGUUGUGACUGGCCACAGUGAAGUGCUUCCAAUAAAUAUAAAUCCAACAGUGGCUAUAUUCCUUUAUACUCACAACCAUCUAAUGCUUUAUUGCAUAUAUAUAUAUAGCCUCAUUUGCACAUUUAUCUAGCUGACAGCUGACAUGAUGUGAUCCACAAAUCCACAAAAGACCACAGAAAUCAGAAUAUUUGUCCUUUGCAUCAGUCUGCUUAUGGUGUAUGUCUUCAUUCUUUAAUUUUUGCUUGCUAUUUCUUUUUGCUAAAAUUGAUCAAAAUAAAUUCAGUUAAAUUCAAA